GGAGUGUUCUAUUUAUACACCGGGGUCAUACGUCACCGUUCGUAGUGCCUCCGGCAACCUUAUAAAAACACGCAGCCGAUUGAAAGUUGUUUCAGAUUGGUUGGUACCACCAAACGAAGUGAAAACUGCGAGAACUUCCCAAAGACAGCUGAUAAACUUCUGCACUUCAACAUCACUGCUUUUUCUACUUGUUUGCGUAUUUACUCUCAUACUGAACCAGAGGACAAUCCAGCAUCCUAGCCAUGGUCAUCAUAGAAGCUGCAGCCUCAAGUGGAGCCGUUGCCGGUGCGGCGGUGACGGGCACCACCCUGGCCCUGUUCUUUGCCACUAUUUGCCUCGUCGCUGCCAUCGUGUCCAUGACGCACCAACACCGUCGUCACCACCGGCGCCUGCCCAAUUUCCCCGGGGGACCCCACCGAGUACCUCUGCUCGGGAACAUUCCGCUUCUAACGGGCACUGACAAGCCGUAUGUCGCGUGCACAGAGCUGGCUAAGAAACAUGGAGACAUGUACUCGCUGAAGUUGGGUGAUGAGUGGUUUUUGGUCCUGAACAGCACUGAACUGAUCAGGUCAGCUUUCGUUGACAUGGCCGAGGAGUUUGCCGGGAGACCGCCCCUCUUUUCAACGGAGAGACUCACUGAAGGAUUUAAGGACAUCUCAUUCACCGAUUAUUCCCCGGAAUGGAAACAUCACCGUCGACUUUUCACCAAGUCACUCAGGGAUUUCACCAGUGGAACCAGACUAGAGUCCAUUGUGCACGAGCGGUUGGGCGCGCUGGAAGAGUACCUAGACGCCCGCCUUGGUCAGGAAGUCAACGCGACUUACAUCAUUGACCUGGUUAUUCUGGGCGUCCUUACACGUUUGUCUUUCGGAUACGAAAACGACAAUAUCCACGAGGAGAUGAUGCGCCUGAUACCGGGAGAUGUUGCCAUGCUGGUCAUCGGCAAGCGGAUGGCUGUUGACGCUUUCUCAUGGAUGAAGCAUUUCUCGCACAAAGAGAAAAAGUUCAUCAAGGCAGUUAGCACCGAGUUCAACGGACUCAUCGGUGCUGAGGUUGAGCGUCACAAGGACACUUAUGACCCUGCGAACACUCGAGACAUGAUCGAUGAGCUGAUCAGAGCCCAGAAGGAAGCCAAAGACAACGGCGACACGGAUCUAGACUUCUUCUCGGACACUCACAUUGCACAAACCGUUGCCAACAUCCUUGUUGGAGGCGGCAUUGGGACUUCACACAGCAGCUACUGGGCCCUCGCUUGCAUGACGGAAAAUCCACAUCUGCAAGAGAAAGUCGCCGAGGUCGUAGAGAGCGCUGUUGGCCACGACCGCAUGCCUGCCCUGAGCGACCGUAGCGCCCUGAAGUACGUGGAAGCCCUUGUGAUGGAGGCGCUCAGAUAUGCGUCCGCUGCUCCCAUUGGCGUGCCGAGGACUGCCACUCGUGACGUCCACUUCCGUGGAUACCGAAUUCCUAAAGGGACACCUGUCAUGUAUAACAUGUACGCCGUUCAUUUUGAUGAAAAGAACUUUGAGGAGCCUUUAAAGUUUAAACCAGAGCGCUUUUUGAAGGAGGAUGGCUCCAUCAAGCAUUCCCAGAGCUACCUUCCCUUCAACAUCGGGCACCGUCAGUGCCUGGGCAAGACCCAAGGGGAGGUCAUCUGCUUCCUCGUCUACUCCUGGCUCUUCCAGCGGUACACCUUCAGCAAGGUUCCCGAGCAGCAAGACCAGCCUCUCCUUGAGCAAAACCCUGAGAUUCAGGCUGCGCGCUCCCCCAAACCCUUCAAGGUGAUCGUGCACAAGCGGUACUAGGUGACGUCACUAUCGGCGACAAGGUGGUAUUGGAAGUGGGAAUAACUGUCAGGCGAUCAUGUUGUUUCUUUCCCGAACAGCAUGCGAAAGAUGUUGUUGCUAAGAAUGUGCUAUUAAUGUGUUGUUUUAACCAGUUCCUACAGUCAUUUGUGCUGUAUGUUUGACAUUUCAUUUAAUGUUGAUCAACGUUGUCAUGUUAGAAGAAGAAUUAUAGGAAGGUAGCAUACAGAAGUAUGUAAUGUAAAAAAUGGCGCGAAAUGGGGCUAACAUGCAGCAAUCAGUACUCUGUGUUAGAGGCAUUUAGAAUCUACAAGUGUCUUAUCGUUGAGAAAGCACUCACUUCAAGUAUUUAUCUACGCUUAUUUAUUAAACUUUAAGCACUGUUUGUAUAUUUGUAUUUAUGGGAGAUUGCUUAAUCUUUAUAUUUAUUACAGUAAAUCUAUGGUUACCACGGGUGGUGAACAACAUUGUUCAGUCUAUUCUAUUGCAGGUGUAACUUAUCAACAGUAGGCUUCAAAAGAAACUCCACUUUGGUGUACAUUUUUAUUAAAAAAUAACCACAAAAUAAUGGUACUUCCAUCGUUUGUACACUACAUUCCUACGUCAUAUCAAAUGCUGGAGCUUCGUUUGCAUGUAGGAUGUAACUUCUGAUAUUUGUAUUUUGUAAUCCAAACUGUUAUUUAAUUUUGAUUUUGUCACCUAAAAUUAAAACACGGUCCGUAUUAAAAGGCAAUAUGCCAUUGUAAUCGACACACAA